GCCAAAUAUCUCUUGGUAUAUUUAUUAUGUAUAUCUCUGCUGUCCUGACGCUAUUUGCGUUGGGUUUCUAUCAUGCUGCUGCUGCUAGUGCUAGUGAAUUAGAGGCAAUCGAGCCACUAUUCCUUGAGUUCUCUAUUCAAGAAGUCCUCACCAAUACCUCCUGGAUCCCGGUAGUCGAGCCAUGGGCUAGUCAGUAUGUCAGUGCAGUUCGCGAUGGCAGAUACGGCGAUGCUGUAUGGGCACGGUAUCAUAUUGCAGGAGAUGUACACGACGGUAUCGUCGGGGGCACGACCAACAUGACAGUACUUCAGAGCAUCGAAGAAGAUGCAUUGGGCUACAAGCUCAACGACCCGGAGGACUAUGCCAAAGCUCAAGCACUCUACGCCCAGACAAGCGACCAUGACGGGCAUAAAGACAUCAUCCAGACUCUUUCACAUAUUCACAACCAAGAUAUCAGUCACCUUGAAGCACGCGUUACAUACUCAACCACAUGCAGUACGGACUUCAAUGCUGCAAAGGCCGAUUGCACCGACCUGCUCGACAGAAUGCCAACGCGGAGGACGAAUAUAGGUAACGGCCAAGGAGUUGCUUCGUGGGGAACAUGCAGACUGAGGGUCAGUCGCUACAGGGGCUCAUCUACUGAUCUAACUUAUAACACUGCUCAUGCGGUCGGUCGGCUUAUUGAAUCUGAUUGUUCUCGUGUGCCGCAUGGUUUUGAUUUCCCGGUCGUUUCAGGCUUCUCGCCAAGGAACCGUGGGCACCGCAAAGUUUGCCUCAGCAGGAAAAAUUCAGGUUGUAGUUAGAAAACAAGUUAAGUUCCUCACAUGGUGAGGAAUGACAAACACAGUGAGAAGAAGAAAAUAAAUACAGGCAUCGUCUUGAAUGCACCGAAUGGCC